CCCGAUUCAGCGGAAAACAGGCAAGCGCAGCUGCACACAUGGAUGGAUGGAUGGAUGGAGACACACAUGGAUUGGAUAGCUACGGAAAAAAACAGAAGGAAAGCGGCAAGGCAGCCAAGAACACAGCCCCGAGUCAUUUGGAGUCCCUUUUUUGUGGGGGUCCCGCGGAUGACCUGCGUGACUCCGUCAGCCUGGCCUGCCUGUCGGCCUUCUUGCUGUCCGCCUCCCUCUCGGCUCGCUGCAGCUGAUCCCGGUGCUUGUCGAGCACCUCGGCCGGCAGCAUUUUCUUGAACCACGGGUGCACCAGCGCCUCGGCUGCUGUGAAGCGGUUCUCGGGGAUUUUGUUGAGAAUGCCCUGCAGGAAGUUCAUGCAGUCCUCUGACGGGGGCGGCAUCAGCAGCUCGAUGCACCGCAGCUUCAUGUCGGUCGGCAGCUGCAGCUGCACCAACGAAAGAACGAACGAACGAACGAACGAACGAACCAAAAAGGGACACAAACAAAGGGGCACCCACACAGGUAAGGUACUCACAUCCCAUUCGCUCGCUCUCUGCUGUCUUACUGACUUACAUUGAGAUCCGUGACGGCCUUGACGUACUUCUCUCUGCAACCAGACAAACAAACACCUUUCCCUCUGUCUGUCUGUCUGUAUGUCUCUCUGUCGUCUGCUCUGCUGCGUAUGUGCUGACAGACGGACGUUCUGCGCGAUGUGGUGUACUGCUUGAACCAGGCGGGCAGCUCGCCGAAGAGCAUCCAGUAGAGCGAUAUGCCGGCACUCCAGAGGUCCGCCGGGAAGGAGUAGGACUUGAGGAACACCUCGGGCGCCAUGAACGCCUCAGUACCACAGCAGUCCCACAACGACUGGUCGGCAGACGACAGCUGCACCGCCUGCACACACCCAUCCAUCCAUCCAUCCAUAGUACCCUCAUUCUCUCUGGCUCUGUCCAUCUGUCUGUCUGCUCGUGUGUGUGUGUGUGUGGGUCACUCACUGACCAUUCCGAAGUCAGAGAGUUUGAUGACGGUUGCUUCGUUUCUGUAUUUCUCGGAGAUGAGGAAGUUGGCAGGUUUGAUGUCCCUGUGGACGAUGUUGAGGGCGUGCAUGUAGUGCAGCGCCAGCAGCACGUGGAAGAUGCACACGGCCGACUCCUUCUCGCUCAGGCACUUCUCCAGCCGCAUGCGGCUCGCCAGGUUGCCGUAGGGGCACUUCUCCAGCACCAGGUACACCUUGUGGCUGAUGAGAGUGAGAGUGAGAGGGGUGGGGGAAAGAACGGCACACAGAAUGAGAGAGGGAGGGAGCGGGAUGUGUGUCUUUGCUGACUCACUCUGAGAUGAAGUGGUCGACCAUUUUGAUGAUCAUCGGCUGGUCGAAGCGCUUCAUGACCUCUAUCUCGUUGAGAAUCUCCUCCUUCGGCGACCUCUUGAUCUCAUUCUUCUCCUUCUCCUACACACACAGCACCAUACAAGCAGUGAAAGACUAGACCACCCCAUAUGGCCCUCUCGAUCCGUUCCUUUGUGGUCACCAUGAGUGUGGAGAGGCAGUCCUUGGCGAACUCAUAGUCGUCCGAGUCGUCGAAGUUCUUGUCCUUGAUCUGCUUCUUGAGCCGCUCUAUCAUGGCCUUGGUGUCGACCUUGGUGGCGUCAUACCUGUCCUCCGCCCCCUGCACCACGAGCGUCUUGACGGCCACGCUCUUGGGCUUCCCCUCGCCCAGCGCCAUCUUGCUGCUCUUGCCCUCCUUGACCAACCCGUACCCGCCCCUCCCCAACACCUUGCCGAGGGUGUACCGCUGCUUGAACUCCAACACCUCCUCGCUGCUACCACACGCACCCAUCACUGCUGCCUCGACUCGAUGAACAGACAGGGGGCGGGGCCCUUCUUUGAGU